GCUGGAAUACAGUACUGCGUUACAUUGCUGUGUGGCUUAUGUUUCCUACAACAUCUAGCAAAGCUUUAGAAUGCGUGGGUCCUUCAAGUCCUCAAUGCUUCAGAAGAAACAAGGAGAUGUCUGUUUACAACUGUGAAUGGCACAUGAAUACAAAAGAGAAAAAUGUGACAUAUGACCUGCACAUCUGGAGAAAUAAACUAAAUCACAAGGUAUUUAGGAGAUUAUUAAACACCAGCAUUGAAAUCAACACGGAGGAUCUCAUCCGAUAUUCACCUGUUGUCAUUUGGUUGGAAGCUCACACGGGAAACUCUGUAUGCACGUCAAAAAACACCUCCGUUACACUCAAUGAAACAGUUAAACUCAAAGCCCCAGAAAACAUUUCCGUGGCUUGGUUUCAAAAUCACCUUAACCUGACCUGGAAGGCUUCAGAGAAUGACCUAGCGUUAGCUGAAGUCUGGUUUCUAAAUGAAACCAAACUGUGGGAAAAGCUGAACACGACAGAGAUCACACACAAUAAGACAGCAUACCAGUUUGCAGUUGAGAAUCUACAAAAAAAUACAGCCUACCAGGUUAAACUCAGGCAUAAGACGACAGGGUGCCAUAACCCGCUCUGGAGCGAUUGGUCUCCACUUGUGAUUGUUCCUGCAAAGCUUGAAGAUAAACUGGAAGUAACCAUGACAAACAACACCUCAGAAGGUGCACGGAAGGUCAAGCUCACUUGGAAGCCAGUUCAUCAUGCUGCAGCAGUACCUGAAGUGAAAUACACCGUGAGGGACACGCAGUCUUCCGGCGGAUGUCCGUGUAUGAAGAAAAAGGCCUUUUCUACCAACAGGACUGAAUACACGGGCUAUGUUUCCUACUCUCCAGCCAACCUCUCUGUUAUUGCCAGAAACGCAGCAGGCUCUUCUCCCCCAGCCAUUGUAACAAUAGUAUCAGCGGAACCCGUUCACAAUUUAAAACCAUGUAAUAAAACAUUGCUGGACGAAGAACUAGAUAAGGCCAACUGCCUGGAGUGGUACAAACUUCAAGAUGGAGAACCAAAGCUAGUAGCAAGGAAGACUAAAAGAGACAGGAAGUCUUUUAAAAACAGCAUCAAGGACUAUGUGGGUUACAUUUAUUUUGAGCAUCUGUGUGUCAAUGAGAGACCAAAGACUGUUCAAAUGUGCUUCUAUUAUCAAAAAGAAAACGUCCCAAAAAUAGCCCCCCCGGACUUCUUUGCCUCCAGUGAAAAAGAGGGUUCUGUCACACUGUCUUGGAAAGCCAUUCCUCAAGAGGAUAGGCAGGGUGUCAUAACACAUUUUAACUUGUGCAGUGUUCAACUAAAUUCCAAGGACGAACACCAUCAAUGUCACCGCAUACCAGCGUCCUUGGUGGAAUACCAACUGGACAACUUGGGACCUGGAAGAAAAUACAACAUCACUGUAGCAGGGGUGACAAGCAUGGGAGAAGGCCCAAAGGCUAUAGUAAUUUUCAACACGAUGAAUCCUAAAAAAGGAUGGUGGAAACUUGGCUUGGUCAUUGUAUUCCUAUUCAUCUUUCUAAUAGGCAGCAUGUGUAUCUGGAAAAGAAUGAAACAGAAGAUACUUCCUCCUGUACCAAAGACUCCUACUUUGGAUUUUGACUGUCAUCAAAAAUUCCCUUGGGACAUGCUGAAGGUGGAGGAGGAAAGGGUGCAUGAUGUGAUGCUGCUGCAGUUGAAUCCAAAUGGCUGCACUCAAAGUGAGGAUGUGAAGGACGCCACCAUGUCAAUAGACACUCCCACUGAGGGGACAGUGUUGUCUGACGAUGAUGCUAUAAGACCUCUGAAGGGUUCCAAAGAGGUGGAAACUCCAAACAUGGAACAAGAAGAUAUGCUUGGCUUGCUGCCAUACAGGAAAGGAUUGGUCUUUGAAAUGAAGAUGGAUGAGUUUUAAAUGAUUAUUUAGGAAAUUACCGUAAUUUUCUGACUAUAAGCCACUAUUUUUUUUACGUCAUUUUGAAUCCUGCGGCAUAUAGUCCAGUUUAUUUGUGUUAAUAGGUAACACUUCAUUUGACAGCGGCGUCAUAAGACUGCCAUAAUUAUGACAUGGCACUGUCAUGGGUAUUAAUGAAUGAUGUCAUUAAGUGUCAGCUGGGAAAUAUUGUCACUAACUCCAUUUAAACAGUGAGAUAAUUUGCCAGAUGACACAAAAUGACAUGUAUCCAAUGCAUUCAUUAAUGCUCAUGGCAUAAUCAUGAUAGUCUUAUGGCCCAAUUGUCAAAUAAAGUGUUCCCAAAGACCAUAACUAGCAAUUAGUGAAACAACUGGGACAGUAACUGAAGAAAUAAUUAGCACAAAACAUGAAUUUUGAUUCUUAUUUACAGCUGUAGCUCUGCAGUGUGUGCUAGGAGGCAUGUUGGAGGACAACAGGCUCCUGACUAUAAGCUUUUAGUAGCUUCUUAAGGAGACCUGACUCACUCAUAAUCUUGGCUCAGCACUAUGAUAUGAUGUAGACUUUGUAAAUAUUAAUGUGUGUGUGAACAAAUUGAAUUGAACAGUUUUGACAGCAGGUGGACAGCAGUCUUACGAUGUCACUGUCAAAGUGUUACUGGUUAAUAUAUUUUGGUGAAAAUAUCCCCUUUAUACAGUGAGGACAGCAGCGGCUUGUAGUCAAGUGCGGUUUAUCUAUGAACAAAUGCAGUUUUCAUGUCAAUAACAAAAGCUGCGUUGCAGCUUAUAGUCAAGUGCGCCUUAUAGUCCGAAAAUUACAGUACACAUAUUACUUACAGAAGUUCAAAACUGUUCAAUCAUUGUUCUAAUUGCCUUGAAAGUACUCAAACUUAAUUAAAUAGACUCAGUGAACAAAACUCAAUUUCAACCUGUUUUGAACACUAAUUUUUAAUAAAUUAGUAUUAAUCUGGAGCUGGAAAGGGGACUACAUUGCCCUGGUUAAAUGAUGAAUGCAGGAAAACAAUGAAAGACAGAGAUGAACAACUUAAAAAAACAAUUACUACAGGUCUCACUACAGAAAGACAAAAAUUUACAUUUUUAAGAAACAAAGUAACUCAAAGUUUGCGAAAGGCAAAAGAGAAGUUCUUUAUGGAUGUCAUUGUCGAAGCAAAGGGGAAUGCAAAAAUGAUCUGGCAAAAUCUGAAUAAAUUAAUUGGUAAAGAAAUUAAAGAUUCGAACAAACAUAUUGAGCUUAAAAUUAACAAUGCAAUGGUAACUAGCCCAACUGUCCUAGCUAAUGAGUUUAACGUACAUUUCCUUAUUCAGUCAGUGAGAUAACAGACAUUUUUUCACCGUCUUUGCCUAUUUCAAGAACCAUUAGUCCUACACAGCCUGUUUUUUUCUCUACAAGAGAUAACAGAGCUGGAAGUUGGUAACAUCAUUGGCUCAUUAAAAAAUUCUAAAGCCAAGGAUGUCUACGGGCUGGAUACAUAUGUUCUUAAACUAUGCAAAGAAUCCCUACUUUCACCGAUAACAAAUAUGGUCAACCUCUCAUUUAAACAAAAAAUUGUCCCAUCAUCUUGGAAAACGGCUGCUGUCACUCCGAUCUUCAAAUCGGGUGACAGUUUAAAUAUAGCCAACUACAGGCCAAUUAGUAUCCUCCCUGUGAUUUCGAAAGUCGCUGAGAAAUGGGUAGCAAAAAGCAUAAAUGAACAUUUACAUAAAGACAGCUCUCUUUUGCAUCCAAUGCAAUUUGGUUUCGGGAAAAUCAUUCCACAGAGUUUACAAAUUGUCUUUUUAUAGAAAAGGUCAUACGCAUGUUGGACACUGAACCUUGCGUUGGUGCAGUAUUUCUAGAUCUGAAAAAAGCAUUUGACACUGUAAAUCAUAACAUUCUCCUGUCUAAAAUAACCCAUUUCAAUUUUUGAUUGAACACAAUUCAAUGGAUAAAAUCUUAUUUAGAAUUCAGGAGACAGUAGCCACGUUUACAUGCUGACUUUUAUUCAUACUGAUUCAAAUCAUUCCGAAUGGAAAUUUCAGAUCAGCUGUUUACAUGUCACUUCAUCUAUUCUGAUCCAGCGUUUACAUGUGUCUGCCUUUAUUCCGAAAGGACGUUUGACAACUGCCGUCUGACAUGCGCAGAUUAAUCAAAACAAAGCGUCACGUUGCAAAACAUGGAGAUCGAUCGUCAGAUCAGCUGCUGUUUUAACUUUUCGAGUGGGAACAAAACUUCAGAAUGACACGCCGUUCAUUUAAAAAGUUGUGUGGGCUGGUGGAGGGAUUCAUGGAUAUAAACUUUCCGCCGGACUCCAAUUAGGUGCGCUGUGCGUGUGCUUGGAAGCCAUGUUGCAAGUGACGUUACUUACGUCACCAAGUGACGUCACCACGUCAGUAAGGAGCAUGUGCAGAAAGAACGCAACCAGACACCAUUCCGCUUCCCUGUUUACAUGGUAUAAUU